GCUGCGGGCAGAGGAAGCAGCGGCAGCAACACACAGCCGUGGUGAGCGCUCCGCUGGCCGUUGAUGUUUCUCCGGCUUUGUUAACGACAGCAGUCCUCCAUGGGAUCCCCGAGGCGGGUUGAAAAGACGUAAUGACGUUACCGGGGGAAGCAGCUCUCCUGCGGGCGCACAGCUGAUGGAGAGGAGUCCCUGCUCCUCCUCUAUCACACACGGGCGGGAUCGUUCGAGGAGGACACGGACCCCAGAAAUGACAUGCUGAACUGGACAGAAAGUUUAAUCGCAUCAACUGGAAGCACUGGGACGCGUUGAAUGGAUUGGAUACAUUGCCCGUUUGUGAGUUUACACUGUGCUUUUGUGGAUGUUUGUUUUCGAUCAGCUGACACGAGUCUGGAAUCUACCACAGAGGAUUUCUAAAUAUUUUUUUUUUUUCGAUACCGUCAUCUGUUGCCUUGUCACUGAAACAUCAUCAGCGAGGCAGCUCACUGAUCAAACGCAUCAAAAUGACUUGAAUGAGUGCCUUUUGUUGUGUAUGCAGCCCAUUUGGGUACAUGUCUCCAAUCCAGCAAUCCCUAGUUUCGUGACCUCAUUUGUGCUUUUGGUGAAGUUUUCGCUGAUCACCUUUAAUCUGUAUUGCAAAUCAAGGGACAGCCGAGGGAAAGCGCAAGUACUAUGCACAGUUGUCACUCUCUCACAUCCGGCACCGAACCAGUAACCUCAGUGGAGAAGAGGCGCUCAUAACGGUACCGACCCCUCCGAAAAACCCCCGACUUCCCACCUGGUACUGUUUUUUAUCCACGGGGGGUGUAGAGAGCGGCCGGGAUGUUCGCCGCCGUAGAGCAUGGUCCGGUCCUCUGUAGCGACUCCAACAUCCUGUGCCUGUCCUGGAAGGGCCGGGUGCCAAAGAGUGAGAAGGAGAAGCCUGUGUGCAGGAAGCGCUACUAUGAGGAGGGCUGGCUCGCUACUGGGAAUGGCCGAGGAGUUGUUGGGGUCACGUUCACAUCCAGCCACUGCAGACGGGACCGGCCCACUCCGCAGAGAGUAAACUUCAACCUCAGAGGACACAACAGUGAGGUGGUGUUGGUGCGCUGGAAUGAGCCUUUCCAGAAACUGGCCACCUGCGAUACAGAUGGAGGGAUCUUUGUCUGGAUCCAGUAUGAAGGCCGCUGGUCCGUGGAGCUGGUCAACGACCGUGGAGCUCAGGUGAGUGACUUCACCUGGUCCCAUGACGGCACCCAGGCCCUCAUCUCUUACCGUGAUGGCUUUGUCCUGGUGGGAUCAGUCAGUGGACAGAGACACUGGUCCUCUGAGAUCAACCUAGAAAGCCAGAUUACCUGUGGUAUCUGGACCCCCGAUGACCAGCAGGUGUUGUUCGGUACUGCAGACGGACAGGUGAUAGUGAUGGACUGCCACGGGCGCAUGCUGGCCCACAUACUGCUGCAUGAGUCGGAUGGCAUUGUCAGCAUGUCCUGGAACUACCCCAGUUUCCUGGUGGAGGACAGCAGUGAGAGUGACACAGACUCUGACGACUACUCCCCACCACAAGUGCACAGCCAGAAGCCACUGCUGACAGUCAGCUUCACCUCUGGUGACAUCAGCCUGAUGAACAACUACGAUGACCUCUCUCCCACCCUCAUCCGCACCGGUCUGAAAGAUGUGGUGGUGCAGUGGUGCUCACAGGGGGACCUCCUUGCAGUGGCAGGGAUGGAGAGAACAAUCCUCUCCCCUGACCCAUCAUGUCCUCCCCCCACCAGGAACGCCAUUGUCAAGUUCUAUAACGUUCAGGGUGAACACAUCUACACACUGGACACGCCAGCGCAGCGCCCAAUAACUACACUGUGCUGGGGUCACCGAGACUCUCGCUUGUUCUUGGCGUGUGGCCCAGCACUUUACGUUGUGCGAGUGGAGCACCGUGUUGCCAGCCUGCAGCUACUCUGCCAGCAAGGCAUCGCCACAGCAGUGAAGGAGGAAAAAGAUGUCGCCAAGCUCACCAUGCCUUCCCGCCUUUGUUCUUACGUCACUGCCGCUUUCAUCCCCACCAUCAAGCCCCCCAUCCCAGAUCCCAACAACAUGCGGGAUUUUGUGAGCUACCCAACAGCUGGGAACGAGCGUCUGCACUGUACCAUGAAACGAACGGAGGAUAACCCUGAGGUGGGGGGGCCCUGCUACACUCUGUACCUGGAGUACUUAGGAGGUCUGGUGCCUAUCCUCAAGGGCAGACGAAUAAGUAAACUGCGUCCAGAGUUUGUCAUUAUGGACCCAAAGACAGAUGGGAAAACAGAUGAGAUAUACGGCAACAGCCUGAUAUCUGCCAUGAUUGACAGCUGUAACUGCUCAGACUCCAGUGACAUUGAGCUGAGUGAUGAUUGGGUUGGCAAGAAAUCUCCAAAGAUAUCCAGGGGCAGCAAAUCCCCCAAACUGCCCAGGAUCAACAUUGAUCCCAGAAAAUCGCCCAAACUGUCUCGCGCUACACAGGAGAUCUCCAGGUCACCGCGGUUACCCAUUCGGAAGCCCUCGAUUGGUUCACCCAGUCUCACACGGAGGGAAUUCCCUCUAGAUGACAUCACUCAGCAAAAUUACCUUGCUCAGGUCACAUCCAAUAUUUGGGGAACAAAGUUCAAGAUAGUGGGGCUGGCCACAUUCUUGCCGACUAAUCUGGGUGCAGUUAUAUAUAAGACAAGCCUCCUCCAUCUGCAGCCCAGGCAGAUGACCAUUUACCUGCCAGAGGUGCGUAAGAUCUCCAUGGACUACAUAAAUCUGCCUGUCUUCAGCCCCAACGUCUUCAGUGAGGAUGAAGAUGACCUCCCUGUCACAGGCCCUGCUGGUGGCGCUGAUGACAACCCUCCCUGCACUGUCAACAUCCCUAUUGCCCCCAUCCAUAGUCCUGCUCAGGCCAUGUCACCCGCUCAAAGCAUUGGUCUGGUCCAGUCACUUCUAGCCAAUCAAAAUGUUCAGCUGGACGUUCUAACGAAUCCCACCACAACCCCUGCUGGAGCAGCUGCUGGUGGGUCAGACCAAAGUCAGGACACCAUCCUGACAGCCCAGUACACAGUUCCCACCAGGUAUUCUAGUCCUGGUCAGAUCAUCUUUGGGGGACUGGAAAUGGGGCGCCUAAUGGUGGGACCUCCUCCUUCUCAUCAUCCGUCGCAGCAACAACCAAAUCACCAUCAACAACAACAGCAGCAACACCAACAACAGCUACAGCACCACCAACAACAAAUUCAGCACCACCAACAACAGCUUCAGCAGCAACAGCAACUCCAACUCCAACAGCAGCAGCAGAUGCUUCAGCAUCAACACUUACAGCAGCAGCAGCAGCAGCAGCUUCAGCAACAGCACAUUCAACAGCAGCUUCAACAGAUGCAGCAGCAGCAGCAACAGCAUCAGCAGCAGCUACAGCAGCACAUCCAGCAGCAGCAGCAGCUACAACAGCAGCAUCAACAAAUUCAGCAGCAACUGCAGCAACAGCAACAAAUUCAUCAGCAGCAGCAAACACAACAGCAGCAGCAUCAGAUGCAACAACAACAGCAGCAUCACCAUCAACUUCAGCAGCAGCUUCAGAUUCAAAUCCCUGUUCCCUCCAUGUCAUCAGGGCAACCUUCAGGUGCAGCUGUGCACCAGCUCCAGCCAGGGACGCUGCAGAUCCAGAUCCCUCAUCCACCUGCUGAUUUAGUGGUUGAGAGAGCAGUGGGGGGUGAACACGAGCACCUGCUGAAAAUCAAAACCACUCGGCCAACUCCGCAGCUGGCUGAGGGUGAUACGGUGGUGUUCAGUGCCCCUCUAGAGCUCAGCAAGAUGAACCCUCCGCCCCCCUACCCUGGGACGGUGGCUGCUGCUGUGGCUGCUGCAGCAGCUGCGGCUGCCUCAGCCUCAGCCUCCACUACAGCCUCCAGCGCUACAUCUGGAACAGGGGGUGGAACCAGUGGGACUCCUCCACCGAGUGACCUUUGUAUGAAGAAGGGAGAGUUUCCACUUUAUCCUUCAGGUCAGCAACAAGCGCAGUACCCCACCCCACUGGGAUAUGAAAGGAUAACCACAUUUGACAGCAGUGGGAAUGUGGAGGAAGUAUGUCGUCCUCGAACGCGCCUUGUCUGCAAUCAGAAUGUGUACACACUCCAGGGACCUGGCAGCUCUGCCACUCUCAGGGUCACCUCUUCAUCAUCCUCCUCAGCUGACAAGAAGGUCCAGCUGCCCUAUACCUCUGCCACUCUUAACAGACUCACUGCACCCCGCUAUUCCAUACCCAGCGGAGACCCACCCCCAUACCCUGACACGGCCAACCAGAACAGUGCUGGUGGCAGGAACCCUGGACAGAGGCUUGACAGCAGUCUGAUUCAUGCCACUCUCAGGAGGAACAGCCGAGAGGCCGCUCUCAAAGUUUCCCAGAUGCUGGAACCGCCUAGACCACUGCCUCCCAAGGCCAAAAACAGUGCACUAGCAGCCUCAUUCCAGCAGAGGGUGCCAACAGCCUUAUAUACCUGCAGUCAGUGUAGCAGUGGAUCCAGUGUUGGAGGUACUGCCCCAGGCAGUGCUAAUGGAAUAGCAGGAGGAACAAUUAUCAGACAAGAUUUCCCUCCCAGGAAUGGAGCACCACACAGCACAGUUAUCGUUCACUCCAACAGUGCUACUCCUCUGGCCUCCCAGUCCUCUUACAACCUGCUGAGCUCUCUUGAAGGAUCUGGGACUGCAGCAGGAGGAGGAAGUAACAGAGAUAGGGCUGAUUAUGUUAAUUCAGCAUUUACUGAGGAUGAAACACUGAAUCAGACACUGAGGCAUUUGGCACUAGGAGGAAAUGAUGCAUCAGGGCUGGUUGUCAAACGCCCACCUCCCUAUCAGUGGGACCCAGCUGCCACAGAGGAGGUGUGGGUUCCUCAGGAACGGACAGCAACGUUGAACCCCACUGGCCCCCCCGGACCCCACAAACCACCCCCACUUAUUCUUAGCCCAGCUCAGCACUUGGAUGUGUCCAGACUGCCUUUUGUCCUUUCUCCAAAGUCCCCCACCAGCCCCAGUGCUGCAUCAUUUCAAGCUGCUGCAGCAGCUGCAGGAUACCAAAUCUCUCUCCAGUACCCUCCAGCAACUGCCUAUUCUGGAGCCCAUCUCCAGCCCAUCCCAGGUUCACCACGCCCCUGCUCCUCCCCAAAGGAGGUAGUGGCGCCAGUACCCUUCUCACAGCAGGAUGCCACCCUUGUCUUACCACCAGGUUACCCUGCAAACCUGGCUAACCUGGCCUGCUGCCCCCUCCCACCCAUGUAUCCAGGAGGAGGCGCUUGUGCCGGGCUUCCCAUUCCUCCCAUCGCCCUUCACACUCCAUGGGGUACCUAUAACUCUUGCCCCCCUAUGCCCAGUCCUGCAGUGCCACUUCCACCCAAAGCCUCACACAUGACAGUAGACAAAAAUGUUCUCUCUCCUCCUCCUCCUCCUCCACCACCACCACCACCCCCUCCGCCACCACCAACAGAACUGCAGAAUCAUGGAGCAUUACAAGAGACCAUGGCAGAGGCUGGGGAAGGUUUUCAGGAGGUGCUGUCCUUGACUGAGAGCCCUGUCCCACAGCGGUCUGAGAAGUUCAGCAAGAAGAACCGCAAGCGAGCAGAUGGUCGGGCUGACGAGGCGAAUGUGCCACCGCUGGCAGAAGGGAGCAAGUCGAAAAAGGAGGGCAGAGCUCUGGGUGAUUUCAACUCACUCAUCUCCAGUCCACGGCUAGGAGGAAGGGACAAGAAGAAGCUGAAGGGACAGAAAGAGCAGCAGUUGAAGGCUAAGAAGCUGAGUAAGGCUACCGCCAAUAGUGAGUUUCAAGACAGCUCAGAAAGUGAGCCAGAGCUGUUCAUCAGUGGGGAUGAGCUUCUCAAUCAGUGCCAGAGCGGUAAGAAGGGCUGGAAGAGUAAGAGGAACAUGAGGGCUGCUAGUGAACUGGAAGAGAUCAAAUGUCGAAAAGCCAACGAGAAGGAGGACAGAGGUCUGGGCAGCCAGGGCUUUGUGUAUGUCAUGGCCAACAAGCAGCCACUGUGGAAUGAAGCCACACAGGUCUACCAGCUGGAUUUUGGUGGGCGCGUCACACAGGAGUCUGCCAAGAACUUUCAAAUUGAACUGGAGGGCAGACAGGUGAUGCAGUUUGGCAGGAUUGAUGGCAAUGCCUACAUCCUGGACUUCCAGUACCCCUUCUCCGCUGUUCAGGCCUUUGCUGUGGCUUUAGCCAAUGUCACUCAACGCCUCAAAUGAGAUGUCCCUGUCCUUAAUUACCCUGAGUUAUAUCUGGGAUUUAAAUGCAAUCUGUUGAAGGGGCACAGUUGUUUCAUUUGAGAUAAAUAAACUUUGAUUUUGGAGAGAAAAGUAAAAUCAGCCCUGGUCACAGAAAGAGAUACAAUCGUGCUGCACUACACAAUGCUGCCACUAGAGUUGGUGCAAUAAGCAUUGGCUGCAUUUGCCAAGGAUGCCCUCAGAUCUGCUCCAUUUGGAAGUCAGUGGCACCUUGCAAUGCAUGUAGGGCCAAAGAGCUGAGCUUUGGUUAAUCAUCAUGCAAAUAAAUGCUGCUUUAGCUAGAAGAAGCUUAUAGACGUGAUAACCAGUCGGUUAACUGAGAGAAGAAUUUUUGAGGUGCAGUUUUCAAAAGAGGCAGCAGUAAUACUUGAAUACCACACUCUGGAGAUCAAAGAUGUUUUUUUUUUUGUUUUUUUUUCCCAGAGCGCACAGGUACUACUGGGCACUGAAAUCCAUUGCUGUACAAACCUUCAGUGAAACAGUUACCACUUUAUUAUACUGCUUUUGCUUUUAGGAUGUUAUAAAAUGACUAAUCAUGGUUGAGAAUGGGAGGGACUUUUAGUUUUUGCUCUCUGCCAUUCCUUUUGCUCAGUCUAUCUCGCCUGGAAUUGAGGCUUAGAUAUAUGCAUCAUUUAGGAGCACUACUAAGAGUUCACAGUUUUCACUGUUGUGACAGGUGUGUCACUGUUACAAACUUGGAAAGGUCAAGGAGCAAAUAUAUCUGAGGUGAACUACAGUCUUCUCCACAUGGUUUCCUGGGACUUCGAAGGAAGAAGAAAUGUUUCUCUGCUACAUGGAUUAAUUUAUAUGUACAUUUUGUUGUUUAUCUAUUCAGAUAUGAAUUUUAACAUUAUUAUCAUUGUUUGUGAUAUACAAUCUGCAUACCCUGUCAACAUGGAUUUCAACUUACCUGCUUUAUUUGGGAGACUGGUGACUGAAUUUGAAUAUUGCUGUGUAUUCUGGUGUAUUGGGGUGGGAGCGGUGUACAGAAAAGCUUUGACUGACAUAUCCUGUACUCAGUGAAAUAUCUACAUAUGGUGACAUGGGCGCAAAACAAGUCGCCAAGGCCUAGACUGAACAACCUAACCUCUGGCAUGAAGUGAUUUGUCACCUGCUGUCACUUCUGUGAAGUGAGUAUGUAGUUGGGGGGCUGUCCCUGCUCUCAAAGACCACACUAAACAUGUAAGCAAGGUACAGGAAAUAUUUUUGUAUAUUUCACCUAUGCCAUUUCAUACUCUUUUCAGAAGUCAUGUAAAUACAUAUCAGUCAUGUGUAAAUGUUGUAAAGAGACUAGGGUGACUUUGACAGAUGUCUGUUUGCACCCGUCUCCACUGUGUUUUAAGUGUAAUUUCAGGUGUGGAGCGAAGCUGUAGUACUGUUAAACUCAACAGCUACAACCACAAGAAAAAGUUAACAGUUAAGCUGAAAUUAUUGUCACUGAAUCUUUGAAGUCAGAACUCUAAUGAAGGAUGAAGCUAUUGAAAUCUGUUCAUUUAGUAAGCUGACACUGAAAUCUGAAAAGCUGGUUUAUUUUUAUUUCUUCUUUCAGGCAGUGAAGCUCGUGUUUGUGUUAUAAGGACACAGAGCAGGGCCAGCUGAUGGAGUGUGGGUAAGAGUAGGCGCAUUGCAAAUAUCUGCAGUGGGUUUUAUUUGUACAAGAUGGAACCAAAAUUAGUGAAAAGGGCAGUGAUAUGUAGGUUUAAUAACAUUAGGUCGAAGUAAUUAGGGUCACCUCAAACAUUUGUGCCAAAAUAUGUCUUUGCUAAAAUUUAGAGUUGAGGGGCGGGGGAAUGGCCCAGAGGGAAGUGUAACUUCAAACUUGGUAAAAAAGAAAGCUGUCACUUUGGACCAGCUCUGCUUUGGUCUCUGAAUUAAUGAGAUUAUCACAUACUUCAGUGUGAUCUGUCCAUAUCACAAUGAACUGCAUGUCUGUCAGAGGAGGGUUGUAAGGAUGGGGGUUGAAAAAAAAAGUCUCUACUGAUCCUAAAAAAAAUGAAAAGAACAUGAGCAUGUCAUAAAGAAUAUAUCCACCUUUUUGUGUUAGUUGUGCAAUAUUUUCUUUGGGGAAAAAAAAUCCUUUGUCAUCGCUUUUUACCACAGUUUGAUACCGUUCUUUUUUAGUUCAGCAUCUCAGUUGCUGGUCUGUAUAUUUUAUUUAUGAGAUUAUUUCCUAAAGGAGAUAUAGUAUCUAUACAUAUUGUAUAUUGUGGAGUUUUUUGGAACAUUUCUUUGUGUUGAUAAAAGUUUGUUACAAGUGUAGCCCAAAUUGUGAGAUUGGAAUGUGGGGUGGGGGGGUGUUGGUGGUUGGGGGCCGGAAAGGGGCAAAUUUUCUGUGUUUUGUGAAGUUUGCAUUGGAUGGAGAAGAUGUGAAUGAGUAAGUGCCCAGUUUAGUGUAGCUGGUAGACUAGUUAUGUAGAGUGUAACUGUCAAGUCAAGGUCUGUCUGUAUCCAACUGUGCAGUCUACCAAUCCCAUCAGUGUUAAAUCUAUUAUCUUCAAACGUGUGUGUGGUCUUACACACACACACACACACACACAUCACUCGCAUAAGUUCACAAGUGUAAGCCACUGAGUUCAUGUUCAGAAUUCCCUAUGGACUUAGGUUAAAGAUUCACUUUAAACUGAUUUCAUGAGAUGACCUGUUGUAGAUAUUGUAGGAUUUGGCUUUUCUUUUAGAAAAGAUAUGUGCUUUGUAUUUGUAGAUGUAGACUUGACAAAAAUGACAAAAACACUUGAAAAAAAAUCUGAGUCUGAUUUGGCCCUGAACGUUUAUAGUGAAUGGAUAGUAAGGCAUGCCAUGUAAAUUAUUUUGUAAUUGUAUAUGUCACGCAUCUUUUGAAUAAAACGUCAU